AUGACAGGCACCCUGGCCAUCACAGAAACCGGGAGCGCUGUUGGCAACUUGCUUGUUGGAACGUGGAAAGGCGGAUUUGAAGCGACAAGUGGAGACCCCGCUGAUUUCAGUUCCUGGUUGGGAAACAGUGUGGAAGAAGAAAAUGUUUGGUCAGUUGGAAAAACAGUGAAUGGAAACGAGCUGAUCGGGAGCCAUAGUUGGAUCAAGCUUCGAACGCCCGGAGACAGUACGUUCCGAACUGUACUCACUAUUGGAACUCAGGGUGGAUUUGUGAUCAGUGGGGGCAUUGUGUAUGCUGCUACGUUCUCAGGUUUGUAUACGAGUUCUGAUGAAGGAGAAACUUGGGCGCAAACUCCCACAGAUUGUGAGCCCUUUGACUUUUCGAGUAUUCCCACUGAGGCACCCGGAACAGGGGUUCCAAAACCUCCUGAUGGGGCCAAGUAUUGUGAUGGCCCUGUCACUCAUAUGCAUGUUUUGGAUGAUGGCAGUCUCCUUGCCUUUUACAUGGGGUGGGGUGGGGCGCAUCUGCUUGCAAAUGGCAACGAUCCUCUCUUGCCAGAGUCUUGGGAAGCACUGCCAUCAUUUCAAGACUCGACAACGUGUGACAGCGGAUUCUGUCAUACAUACGAUGCUGCCAUGUUGGGAGACUAUUUGUAUGUAGCCUUUCAGUCACUUCCAAUGGUCCGCAUAAACUGGAAUGAGAAGCUGACAUGGGAACAAGUUACCGUGGGAGUGGACAGCACGAGCGGCAACGACUUGCAUCCCACUGGGCUCACUACACGAAACAGCGCAACGUUGUUUGCCAGCACAUCGGAUGGUCUCUAUCAAAGUACCGAUGGUGAAACUUGGGUUCGAGUAGCUGACGAUGCUUGUUCCAGUCGAAACACACCACACUUACUGAGCCGAGGCCUUGUUGACUUUACCGAUACGUCCACCAAUACCAAUGUCCUUGUCAUUGGAACUGUUCGAGGACCUUGGAUCUACAGAGAUGCAUGA